CGCGCAGUAGAAACAGCGCCGAGGCGAGCAGGCGGUCGCCGCCGCCACCACCGCCGGAGUCUCUCUUCCCAGCCAGCAUGCAGCGGGCCAGCGGGACGCUCUCCAGCCCAGACGCGUUCGCCUCCUGGGCGCUCGCUCUCCCGUGAAGAUAUGGAAGAACAGGAUACAGAGACUGCUGCUGGAUUCUGACUCUUUAGCAGCCUGAGCCUGCCUCUUCACUCCCAUCUCCGCCUAAACAGACGUCUCAUUUUGCCAAGAAACCUGCAAGCCCAUGAAAAGGGAUGAAACUUCUUGUAACUGGAUUACAGAUGAUGGCAUCAGAAGAACUGACAGUGCAGCGGUAUAGGAAGGCUGCAUUGUCUUCAUUCCUCAGGCUGGCUUAGAAGACACCCAUGUCACUCUUGAUGGUAGCCGAGAGAGACCAGAACUCUGACCCCAGGACUCCCAAGUCUGGGCAAGGUCUGGAAUUUACCUGCAAGAACGAUAUGUUUCUAUGGCCCAAUUCAGAUGUAGCGCCAAACCACAGCUAUACGUACCUGAGGUUUAAAUGAUAUUUUACCAUCAGUUCCCUAGAUGCAGACAUGAAUAACUCAACGAACAUAAGCUAUUUGGAGGAUGCAAUGGUCCUUGCGAGUCCUUAUAAAACUGUUGAGGUAGUCUUCAUCGUCCUUGUGGCUGGCUCCCUCAGCCUAGUGACCAUCAUUGGGAACAUCCUGGUUAUGGUCUCCAUCAAAGUCAACAGACACCUGCAGACUGUCAACAAUUACUUCCUUUUCAGCUUGGCAUGUGCCGACUUGAUCAUUGGUGUCUUUUCCAUGAACCUGUACACACUUUAUACAGUGAUUGGCUACUGGCCAUUGGGACCUGUGGUUUGUGACUUGUGGCUGGCUCUUGACUAUGUAGUUAGCAAUGCCUCCGUCAUGAACCUUCUCAUUAUUAGUUUUGACAGAUAUUUUUGUGUCACCAAGCCUCUGUCUUAUCCUGUCAAGCGGACCACUAAGAUGGCGGGCAUGAUGAUUGCAGCUGCAUGGGUGCUGUCUUUCAUCUUGUGGGCACCGGCCAUUCUCUUCUGGCAAUUCAUUGUGGGGGAAAGGACUGUUGCUGAUGGAGAAUGCUACAUCCAGUUCCUGUCCAAUGCGGCUGUCACCUUUGGCACAGCCAUUGCAGCUUUCUAUCUGCCUGUUAUCAUCAUGACUAUUCUCUACUGGCAAAUCUCUCGUGCCAGUAAGAGCAGGAUUAAAAAAGACAAAAAGGGUGGUGGGCACAACCAGGAUCCAGUUUCUCCAAGUUUGGUCCAAGGUAAAAUAGUGAAACCAAACAAUAACAACAUUCCCACCAGUGAAGAUGGGAUAGAACAUGGCAAAAUUCAGAAUGGGAAAGCCACUGGAGAACCAGCUAUGGAAAACUGUGUUCCCACAGAGGAGAAAGAGAGCUCCAAUGACUCCACUUCUGUCAGUGCUGUAGCUUCCAACAUGAAGGAGGACGAAGUCAUCAAAGAGGAAACCAGGGCUUCUGUCUCCCAAGUCAAUGCCAAAGUGGAGAACUCCAAACUGACGUGCAUCAGGAUACUCACAAAGUCCCCUAAAGAGGACUGUAGCAGCUCUGCCAACACCACCGUAGAGAUUGUAGGCAGUGAUGAGCAAAAUGGAGACGAGAAACAGAAGGUUGUAGCACGUAAGAUCGUCAAGAUGACGAAGCAGCCUGCCAAAAAGAAAAUGCCUCCUUCCAGAGAGAAAAAAGUGACCAGGACUAUCUUGGCUAUUCUCCUGGCCUUCAUUAUUACCUGGACACCAUACAAUGUCAUGGUACUCAUCAACAGCUUCUGCGCAUCUUGCAUCCCUGCCACUGUAUGGACGAUUGGUUACUGGCUGUGCUAUAUCAACAGCACCAUCAACCCUGCUUGCUAUGCGCUCUGCAAUGCUACCUUCAAGAAAACCUUUAAGCACCUCCUUAUGUGUCAUUACAAGAACAUAGGAGCCACACGGUAAAAUGAUAAUAAUGGGGGAAAGGGAGUACCAAGUUUUAUUAAAAAACAAACAAACAAUGCCAUAGCACUUUAAGCUCUAGUAGGAAUUCAAGAAGCCUAGAGGUGUUGCUGACAGUGGGCAGGCACUCCAUCGCCAACAAUGGCACUUCCAAGAUCACAACUAUUCUGUCAGUGAGUCAUUAGGAGGGCAGGACAAGGUCAGUUGAGGAUACGAACUUAAGGCAAGUUGAGGAUAUGGAUUUGGCAACACUCCCUGCUCUCCAACAAUGUCAUGCAGAAGGGCUUUUGAAUCUCUUCUUGGGGUAUGAUCCCUGGGAAGUUCUUCUAUGCAAAGCUGAUUUGUGUUUGCUUUGCUGCAAGGAUGGGAAAUGCGCAAGAGCAUCAAUAUGCGGUUUCAGUGGGCAGGAGAGUUUGGUGAGGGGUUGUGCCCUUUGUCAGUUCCCUUGGUAUAACACUUACCAGUUUGUUUGUUCAUUUAUCCAUGUGAUCAUUUGAAAAUGAGGGGGGAGGGAAUCUGAGAAAACGUCGACAUAAAUAUCCUCCAUACAAAGUGCAAAUGACCAGAAGAGAUUGACAUAGGAGCAAUCCAAUUUGCUUCAUUGUUUCCAUAAUUAGAAAAGGUGGUCUUGCGGGGAGGGGGAGUUUGAUGCUGAAAGUAUUACCAUUGAAUCUUACCUCUCUCAGAAAAAAAAAGUACGUUACCUCAGAAUGGACAGUGUUUGAGUAUAUGCUAGACUCUCUCCUUUUAAAGCCAAUAGGACAAAGUCCUGGAAUUUGGCUACAUUGCGAUCAUCACACACAGUGAUCAGUUAACAGGUAUCCCAUGUUUAUCUGUUCUUCCUUCCUGAUUGGGUCAGCUGUUGGAAAGCAUUUGUGGGCAGUAAGUUAAAUAAAGAUGUAAAUGGGAACAGGGUAGCCCCUUUAUGACUAGAUGAACCACAAGGACCAUCUUAAGGCCUUUGAAGCUGGUGCCCUGGAGAAGGGGGUUAGCCCAUCCAUACCUCAGACUGUGCUCAAGACAAAUGCUGAAGGGUGGUGUCUACAAUGGCUGACAUACUGCACAAGAGUACAUCAGUAAUACCUUGUUUUCACAGUUUAGUUGCAUGACUUGUGCAAAUGCAAAAUUUGCACAAAUUGCAGUACACAAGAGUAAGCUUUCCCAAUGGGCUUCCUUUUGUGCAACAGAAUUCUUGUAUUUGCAUACCUUACAUAAGUGGCACAAAUGUGACGUUACUAGGCUGGCAUAUUCUUGCACAGUAUGCCAGUCACUAGCAUUCAAAAAUCUGGCAUUGAUUUACAGACCGAUAUGAUUAUGCAAAUGUGAAUGAUUAAGAGAGUGGCUAUAUUUCUCAUGCAUUAAUAUGCUCACCCUUCCAAAGUGCUACCAGAGUGGAACAAACUUUUCCUUGGUUUCUUAAAUUCCUGUUUGAUGAGUCAGCUGCCUCAUCUCCCAAGGUGUCAAUUUAAAGGUACAGCAAGGAAGUCAUCAGGUUGCAAUAUGGCAUCCUAUUCUGCCACUACCACCCUGCUAAUAUGUCUUCUGCCUCAUGAAUUCACAUCCAAGUCCAGAAAGUCAGAAGAGCGCCCCCCCGGCCAAAAAAAAACCCAAACAAAAAAAACUCCCACCCUAUUGUUAUUAGGAGAGUGUGUGUGUGGUUCCAUCUUAAUCACCCAGAAGUAUCUCAUCCAGAACCUUCCCCAAAUCCUUACAACUACAAACAUUGAUAAAUAGAAACUAAGCUUCCUAAA